GGUUGGUGGAUUUCCUCCUUGGAUCAGAUCGCUACAAUAAGCUAAUCAGACCGGCCAUCAAUAAGAGUCAGCAGGUCACCAUCGGCAUCAAAGUGUCCCUGGCUCAGCUGAUCAGCGUGAACGAGAGGGAACAGAUCAUGACGACUAACGUGUGGCUCACACAGGAAUGGAACGACUACAGACUCGCCUGGGACCCGGACAACUACGAAGGCAUCCAAAAACUCAGAAUCCCCUCUCACCACAUCUGGCUCCCCGACAUUGUGCUCUACAACAACGCGGACGGCGUGUAUGAAGUCUCGUUCUACAGCAAUGCUAUUGUCGACAACACGGGCGACAUCUUCUGGCUCCCUCCUGCCAUCUACAGGAGCGCCUGCGCCAUCGAGGUCCGCAACUUUCCCUUCGACCAGCAGAACUGCACGCUGAAGUUCCGCUCUUGGACUUACGACCGCACCGAGCUCGACCUCGUGCUGACAUCGGACUUCGCCAGCCGUGACGACUACACGCCCAGCGGUGAGUGGGACAUCGUGUCUUUGCCGGGGCGCAAGAAUGAAGACCCAGAUGACGCCACUUACAUGGACGUCACAUACGACUUCGUAAUCCGGCGCAAGCCGCUAUUCUACACCAUCAACCUAAUCAUUCCGUGCGUGCUCAUUACCUCUCUGGCUGUUCUUGUCUUCUACUUGCCAUCAGACUGCGGCGAAAAGAUGACCCUGUGCAUUUCUGUGCUGCUGGCCCUCACCGUCUUCCUCUUACUGAUCUCCAAGAUCGUCCCGCCUACAUCGCUGGCUGUGCCGCUCAUCGGCAAGUACCUGAUGUUUACCAUGGUGCUAGUGACCUUCUCCAUCGUGACCAGCGUAUGUGUGCUGAACGUGCAUCACCGCUCACCAUCCACCCACCACAUGCCUGCCUGGGUGCAGCGCGUCUUCUUGCACCAGCUCCCCGUCUUCCUGCUCAUGCGACGACCAGGUCCCACAAACAUGCGUGAAAGGUUUCGGAGGAAACACCGCAACAAGUCGUUCUCUGGCGACUCAUUCGCUCUGGGGGUCUGGAGGACAGCCGAACUGCCUGAGGGCUCAGAGUUCGGGCAGAAGGUCAGGGUCAGACGUGAUGGCGAGGUGGACGCAGCCAUCGAGGGUGUUCGGUUCAUCGCUGAACAUAUGAAGAGUGAGGAUGAUGAUGAAGGGGUCAUCGAGGACUGGAAGUACGUCGCCAUGGUAAUCGACCGAUUGUUUCUCUGGGUUUUCAUCCUGGUGUGUCUGGUUGGAACGCUCGGCCUCUUCGUCCAGCCGCUCUUCCAGAGCUACAACACACCUGUGGCGAGAGAUGAGUGACGGGCUACAGCAUACGAUAAUCAGGCGCCGGGUAAACCCGAGAAGAUCUCAGAGCACGUAUCAGUCACAGGCCAGACCAAGCAAAGCGCAUAAAAGUCAGAGGAUCCAUCACACGUACAGGUUACACGGGUGACAGAACGUCCAGCACCUGCGCAGAUCUGCAGCGGCGUGAAGGUGACGACUUCAUCAGGGUAUUCAGAGUUCUCUUAGUGCACUGUGAAAACGAACAGUUCAAUUUUCAUCCUCAAUUCUCACUGAAGUGAUUACACUCCCUGCU